UUUUCACAGCUUCUCUUCAAUGAUUCAAAGGAUUUAUUUGGAGAGAGAGAGAGAGAGAAAAGCAGUUGUGAAAAGAAACAUAUAAGAAGAAUCGUGAACAGUCUUGAACGUGGCCUUUAAUUAUAAACCAAUACGACACUGUUUCAAUUAUUGAGCUCUUUUUUUUUUCAGUUAAUUAAUUCAAUUUCUUUUUUUAAAGAAAAAAUUUCAACUCUCUCCCCUUUCUUUGUGAGAAAAGUUGGGACUUUCAUUCAUGUGGUGAUGAUGGAGAUUUCUACCAAGUCAAGAACUUUGCUUAAGGUCAUCUUUCUUGGUGAUAGUGGGGUGGGAAAGACAUCUUUGAUGAACCAAUAUGUAUACAAAAAGUUCAGUGAACAAUAUAAAGCCACAAUAGGUGCAGAUUUUGUUACCAAGGAAUUGCAGAUUGAUGAUAAAGUGGUGACCUUGCAAAUCUGGGAUACAGCAGGUCAAGAAAGAUUUCAGAGUCUGGGGGCUGCAUUUUAUAGAGGUGCAGAUUGUUGCAUUCUAAUAUAUGAUGUUAAUGUACAAAAAUCAUUUGAGUCACUUCAAAAUUGGCAUGAAGAGUUUAUCAAACAGGCAGAUCCAAUCAAUCCCGAAACUUUUCCAUUUAUUGUAAUUGGAAAUAAGAUUGAUAUGGAGGGUGAACAUGGGAGAGCGGUGUCUGAGAGAAAAGCUAGAGAAUGGUGUGCUUCGAGGGAAAAUAUACCUUACUUCGAGACCUCUGCAAAACUCAACUACAACAUCGAUGAAGCAUUCCUAUGCAUCGCAAACUUGGCACUUGACAAUCAAGGACAACAACAAACGUAAUUAUUAAUUUUAAAUCAUUUUAUCAAAGCUAAUUCACU